UCAAUUUCUUAUAUAGCAGUGUAAACAAAAGAACUGACAUUUAUUGAUCAGAAAUCAUUUUCAGGGAGCGUUAUUGCUAAAUUCAAUUGUACUUAAUCAUUUUUUCGGCUUUUUUGUGUUAGAUAGAGGGAAAUCGGGAACUUUUGGCCAGUUUUAGAUAAAAAUGUUUUGUUUUCACAAAACUCUGUAGUCAAAAACCCAUGCCUUAAAGGUGCUGAAACCAACUCCUAUGAAAUAUUUAUUUAGGAAGUUAUUUAUAAACAGCUUACAUUCUUGGAACACAAGAUUGUGGUUUUCAAAUUUAUACAAUUUCCGAAAAGCUUUAGUGCAAACUUCGAUUUUUCUACAAUUUAAGUUUAGAGACCUACCUUUAAGACCAAGCCACGUUUUAUUUCCUUAUCAGUUUACCGCUAAAUUGGUCCAAAACUUCGAUUUUACAGCAAAUGUACCAAUUCUUACCAUUACUAACUGUUUAACUCAGCUAGCUAUAAACACUUAAACCUCCAUGGGAAGCCGCUGGUUUGAACAGCCACGCUUCUAAUUUUAUUUUGAUCCAAAUUCUUCAAGGGAACCGUAAUACCAAUACACUCAUGAAGUUCGGUGUAACUCGCAAACACAAGUGCAAAUAACUUUGAGCUGAAUAGACUUAAUCUUUAAAUGGUACGCUAUGCUGUGUUUAAAUUGAACCCUCAAAUUAAAUUCCCUGCAAACUCCGAUUGCAGCUAAUUGAAAUAUUCUGGAGUAGACUGAAGAAAUUAUUCAUAGUCUAGUGCAAUAACAACUUACCAUUUGUAGUUUAUCUCGGUUUCAGUUUCUUCGCAGCAGUUUUACCUAUAACAACCGGACUUUCGAAGUCUGUACUGCACGCCCUUUUUCAUUUCUGCGCACCUUUAUCGUUUUCAGUUUUAAAGGUUUUUGCAGCAGUGUAGUUGAAAAAGUUUACCAGACAACGAAAAAGUCACACCUGCUUGUAAGUCGAAGAGAGUAAAGCCGCAUUGCUCAUUCUAAAAAUAGUCAAAUUCAAGACGAGAGGUUCAAAAAGUUUAUUUACUGAGCUCUCGAGGGGGUGUGAUAAUUGAAGCAUCGAUUUACUGAUUUUUAUUGCAGUUUGUUUUAAGCGCUGCUUAUAUGGUUGUUUUUAAGCAAAAUCAUCAGUUUUGAACUUACUCAACAGUUACAGAUCAACAUGAGCCAGAAAGAAAAAAAGAAGAAGGGUCUCUUCUCCCGAUUCAAGACUGCAGUUUUCCAUGCUGACAAACCAUCAGGCGAGACUAAGGAAGACGCCACAGCGACAGCAGAAGAGCCUAACAACUCCCAGACAAAGGCAAACAAAAAAGAAAAGAAAAAGGACAAGAGAGAGAAGAGCAAAGAAAAGAAAGAUGUCAAAGGCAAUUCAAAUCAACAUUCACCAACAGUGGAGGUCAAUCAAACCGAUGACCCAGUUGACCUGGAACCCCUGGAUAUAGCCACCACGCCUUCUUCUGGGGCCAAAUUGGACCACGCGGCUGCCAAGUCAAAGCUAGCUGUAGCUCCCAAACACAAACACGCUCCAAGGUCACCUUCACGGACCAGAAGAAGCGAGAUCGAACCCCAGACUCCGCCCAGUCCACAAGAUGUGGUAGAUUCAUGCGAUUCAUUAUCAUCUGCAAGUCUAACCCCUGACUCCGACAAACAACAACCCAACUGCAUCUUAGAAAACAAUGAAUCAUCGAUUGAGAAAAACUGCGAACUGCAACAAAUCAAAUCAGAUCAAAUUGAUGCAACCGAAAAAUCCGAAAAGAAAGACUUUGAUUGUGUAAUUCAAGACGAAAUACCUACAUUAUCACCAGCAGAAAACGACGUCCCAGUAAACAUACAUCACCACAACACUGAAGAGAAUCAAAAUCAAAUUAAACCAUCAGAAUUUUCAAAGAACAAUGAAAAUAAUAUAUCAGAACAGAGCGACUUAAAUGCAAAUUCGACUACCAAUCCUAAAAACAAACAGCGACCAGUUACUUUAUUGACAGCGAAUACAGAGCAACAAUUGCCGUUAUCGGAAAAGCCGCAAAGCAAAAUACCCAAACUCAAAACAUCAACUUCCAUUUCAUCGGGAAUCGGAAAUGCACAAGACAAGAAACCAACACCAAUAACAAAAGCAUCACCAGAGUCACAGUCGCCGAAAGGCUCUCGGAUCCCACGUGCGUUCGGAUCUGGAUCCGAAACACCUCCUAAGUUAUCACUCGCUACAAACAUUUAUUCUUCUUAUGAACUAAUUUCUGAUCAAAAGAUCUCCGAAUCACCGGUGCCUAAAAGUAAAAUUCCGUCCCGAAAGAGUUCGAAUACUAAUGACACGGAUCUGAAACUUCACUCGGAAUCGAAACUUCCGCUACCAAGUUCACGGUUGUCAUCAUCAUCGAUAAAAACUCCAGAGCCAAUCAAAACGCCGAGUCCGAAAAGUAAUUUGAAGCCCUUGAGCUAUAAGCCGAUUAAUAAUACUGCAAAUAAAACUCAGAUUCCUAGAAUCGUCAGUCAGAAAAAUGUUUGAAUUUGUCCAAAUUUUUCAGGAAUGAGUAUCAUGUUUUUUUUUUAAUAGAAAAGUUAAAGUGUAAUUAAAUAUUUUGGCAAGAAA